CGAGUGCAGAGCCUUCCUUUAAGGGCGGACUGGCCGGGAUGGAUGAGCAGAGCGGAGGAGCAGACCCUGGGAGCGGAGAUCUGACGUCAGCGCAGAGGUAGUUUCCCUCCCGAGCUGUCAGACCGUGUGGCAGGUUAGGUAUUAAAGGCACAUUGAGCAGCGCCGAGACCCCUCCUCUUGAGCGGCCGCCGCGCGCGCACACAAAGAGAAGUGCCCAUCGCUGCGUCCGGCAAGGAUCCACCACCAGCUGCGUAAACUCUCCCUUCUUGCCAAGGCGUGGAUUGAAACACCGCCGGGAGCGGAGCCAGGAGGUUGAAAGGGGCGGGUGGGAGACGCUACGAGGAAGAAAAUGAAACCGACCAGGAAAAGCUUGAACCAAGACAGAUCUGCCAGCAGUUCCACCAUGUCGGAUAGUGACUUUGGAGAGGAUGAUGGGAGCAUAUCUCAGGAUCCGUUGCAGCCCGGCAAGAGAAAACGAAGGGGCAACCUUCCUAAGGAGUCUGUGAAGAUUCUCCGGGAGUGGCUCUACGAGCACAGGUUCAAUGCAUAUCCAUCUGAGCAAGAGAAACUCAGCCUUUCUGGGCAAACAAGCCUCUCUGUUCUUCAGAUCUGCAAUUGGUUCAUCAACGCCAGGCGCAGGCUUCUCCCUGACAUGCUGCUCAAGGACGGCAAGGAUCCCAACCAGUUCACCAUUUCUCGCCGCGGCGCCAAAACCACUGAUGUGACGCUGACCCGUGCAGCCGCCGCCACAGGGUCCGGACUCAUGGUGCCCCCUGCCUCCUCCGCCUCCUCCAAGGUGCUCUCCAUGUCGGUCUGCUCGCCCAUGACCUGCCACCCUGCCCGGCCGCUGGCUGGCAGCUUGACUGUGGUGACAAGUGAGCAAGAGUGCCCUCGCCCCGCCUUGCAACGGGUCGAGCCCGAGCCUCACCCCAAGCAGCCGCAGCUGAGCGCGACGGGCAGCACUCUGGCUCUCCUGACCAGGGCAGAUGCCGCCAGUCCCACCAGCGGACUCUUCAACACGCCGCCGCCAACUCCGCCCGAGCUCUUUGGGGAGGACUUCAGCAGUUUCCAGUUGCUGGUGGAAGUGGCCCUGCAAAGGGCAGCUGAGCUUGACUCACAGAAGCUGAGCGGGCAGCUGCCUCCGUCACUGCAGAGAGAGACCACUGCUCCAGCCUUCUCCAGAAAAACCAAGUAACUUUCUAUAGCCACCGGUUCCUUUUGGAGGCUUUGGGGGUUCUCUUCCUUCUCCCGAGUUUUUCUGUUGGCCUCUGCACUGAGGGUCCUCCCUGCCAGAUGUUAACGCUGUGAUAUGGCUACCCCUCAACCAGGAGCAAAACAAGCCGAGGCGGCUUUGACCGUUUUGACUCAACCAGGAGCUGCCAGCUCACCUCGGCUUCUAGAACAAAACACUGUCUCCGCCGCAAAGCAGGAGGACAACACAUCCUUUGGCUAGCAUUUCACUUUUUCUGGACCCUGCCAGCAUCCUUUCCUCCUGUUGAAGCCACGUGGAGGACACUGUCUGACUAGGGGGGUGCCUGAACCACGCACAACCUGCUCUUGAAAGGACUGAGAGGCCUUAACGUGCUCUGAGAUGUUACUGUGACUUUGUGUUUUAUUUUUUUGCUGUGGGGUAUCCUUGUGCAGAGGUCCUUCUCUUCUCCCACUUUUCUUUGAAGCCUGCUGACAUGGAAGAGAACAGGAAAAGGGUCCAGUAUGUAAUGGAGGAGAGAUAACAAAAAAAAUACAAAAAAAAUACCAAGUACCUUAAAAAUACGAAUUAUGGCGGGGAGGCGAAAAGAGUGAUUUUACCUCUGCCCAGAGAAUCCUAGUGUGUGUCCUUUUUGGGGGGGGGUGGGUGGACAAGAGUUGUUUCUGUAGCAUAUCUUCUUUGACAUACUCUCGGUCUGGUGUGCAUGAGUGGCUGGCCCCUGCAUGUUGCCUACCGGGAGUCCCUGGCAUGAGCAGAUUUAACUGGAAAUGUUAAUGUUUGUGGCAUUCCUCUCUCUUUCCACUGGGAGGUGGAGAGGGGGAACAAUCAAUGACCACCCUUCGAAUACUGGUGCCAGUUAAAAAAAAUAUGGUGCUGUUGAGCAAUUUUAUUACUUUUAGGGGCUGGCUUCUCGUGACUUCAUCCAUUCCUCUGCCUAUACACGCCUCCCUGUGUUUCCCCCCAUGUCAUGUUUGGAGAUGCACAGAUGCGAUCAAAGUGUAACGGGGCAUUUCAGAGGUGGGGAAGAGGGCUAGUAUCCGGAACAAGACUCUUUGACUGUGAAGUUGCUUUAAACAACCCUUUCUUCUUUGUUUUUCAUUUUGAAUUUUGUUGGUCGUGGACUGUAACUCGGGAAAUCUAAGGUGUCUUUGUGGAUGUGCUGACAAAACUACCUAUAAAGGGGGUGGGGACACACCAACCUCCUGACUUUGUUUUGAAUCCUUGCUCUCAUCAUGCUGAAUGUAGUUUCUCUUUUGCUGAUGGAGCACAGGGGCCCUCUUGUGGCCAGGAAGGGAGGUUGAGCAGAGUAGGGUCUUCCAUAGUGAAUUACAACCUCUCCUGCAGACUACGAGCUGUGUGUGACCUUGAAAUUGCCUCCCUACACGAUUUUGAUGUGUCCCCAUGUAUUUGGCAACCUUGGCAGAAAUUUAGACCCACCUGAUAGUAGCUGAUCCCCCUCGAGCAGUGUUUUCCAGACUUGGGUCUCUAGCUGUUUUUGAACUACAACUCCCAUUAUCCCUGACCUGAUCCAGCUAGCUAGAGAUUAUGGGAGUUGUACCCCAAAACAGCUAAAGACCUAAGUUUGGGAAACCCUGCCCUAGAGAGAGGGUGUGUGUGCUGGGGAGAGGAAGCCUGUGGCCCCACCAGGUGUUGCUGGAGUUCCAACUCCCAUCAUCCCUGACCAGUAGCUGGGGGGCAUGCUGUUUCAGAUGGGGGGGGAGUUGGGAGCCCCAGCAGCAUAUUCAGGGCCAUAUAUUCUUCAUUUGUGGUCUAUGCCCCAGGGGGGAGCUGGGGGUUUGCAAGAUUUAACUGCUAAGACAUGCAUACAUUUUUCAUUGGACCCCCCCCCCCCCCCGCGGUUUGGCCUGAGACCAGGAACCUGCAAAACACAGAGUGCCCUGGGUGAUAUGAACAUCCACCUUUUUUGUUUUAAUAGUGCUGUUUCACUGUAAAUGUAAGUUAAAUAGUGAUCUAUUAUAUACACCUAUAUAUCUUGAAAAACACUAAUUUUUAGAAGGUGUUAGCCUAAUUAUUAAGUUGCAUGAAUAGUAAAAGCUAAAAAGCCCAGCAGGAUGCAACUUUUCACAUUUUUGUUCUUGAACUAGGUGUGCAAACCUGGUGUCGACAAAUGACAAGGACAGCAGUGAGUGCAUUGGAGAACUGGAACUAAUAGGGUGGGAAUUGUUAAUGGGUUAAUGGAACAUUGCUGAGUGCCUCUCCCCCCCCCCUUUGCAAAUUACGGAUUUAGGGCUAAGAUUGGUACAGCCUGUAAUUGCUGCUACACAAAUAAUCACCUGCUUUCCUUUUGUUGGUACUUUUUGAUCUUUCGGUGAUCCUAUAUCAAUCAGCAGGGUGUAGUUUAACUCUGUCUAGAGAGCUGCCUUUUUGACGUAUUGAUCCAGAAAUUUGAAAAAGAUUGCCAAAUUGUGCUGCUUUCUGUUUGGAAAAGCCUAAAGAGCUGCCUUGUAACAUACUUGGUUUUUGUUUGUUUGUUUGCUUAAUUCUAAAAUCUUGUGGAUUAAUUUGACUAUUUGCAUUGAACCUCUGGAAGAGGUGGCUCCUUCCAUCUCCUCCUCAAGCUUGAUUCCUAUCUUGUUUCCUGGAUUGUGGAAGCAAAACCUGACCUUGCUUUUUAUGGGUUUUCAAGGAUUGGGUAUCCCUUCAAAGUGUCACUGAAAUUUGCGAGAUGCUUUUAAGCAGCACCAGCCCAAGUCCAACUGAAGAUACUUAGUCAUGUUCACACUCUUAAUUAAAAAUGAUGUUUGAGUAGUUUCCCCUCCUCUAGCCCCAAUUAGGCCCCCUUGACUUGGGCUGGAUUGGCAGCUGUUUGAUUAGAAUUGUGCCUCCAUUAAAUGAAGCAGUUUGAACCUUCUUUCCUGGCACUGCAGGAAACCUAAGCAGAUCUGAAAUUGCUGCACAGGGUAACAAGAGCAACGUUUCAGUUCCUACAAUGCACUGACUGUUCUUGCUGUAUCUUAUUUGUGCAAACGUUAUGGAGACCUUGUUUUUGAUGGGAUGGGAAGUUAAAAGAGGACGAAAAAAUAAAGAGAAAAUAUUCUUUUGUCUGAUGUUUAUGAAGCAAAAACUACUGUAAAUAACUGUUUUGGAUUUUUUUAAUCAAUAAAGUUUUUUUAAAAACACACCACACCUAGUAUGUAUGUUCUCUGUGCGUAAGGACUCUGGCCUUCCCCUCUGGCUCUUUGCAUCCAGUGUUGUGUAAAUGUAUGUACAGGUGCAUACAGUGAAUGAAUGCCCUUACCCUAUGGAGAGGGUCAUAAAAGCAGACAGCAGAAUUCUGUAAUGUAGAAGCUUGAUUGGUGAAAGAGUUUGGCACAUACAGAACACAACUUAGCCAUUUCUUCUGAGUGGCAGGUGUGCUAGCAUAUUGAAAAGGGGAGCUCUCACUGACAGAAUCAGAGCAGCAAUCCUUGAUAUUUCUAA